AUGGUCCCUCCCCAAGUAGAUCCUGAUGCCGGGGACACUCGAACCCCAGAGACCACCUCCGCCACGAACAAUGUCGCCGGUCCGCCGCCGGACCGUGGCCCUCAGGACGAGGACGCCGCCCUCCCCAACGGCGCCGCCCUCCCCCCUCCUACGACCACUCCCAUCUUUGCCGUCAACCUGGCCGACCAGGACCAGCAUAUGCCCGAGACAGAUCAGAACUCGCGUACGACCGCCGCCGCCGAUGCCGGCCCCGCUGCUCCCCUCCCCCACGGCGGCCCUCGCUUCGUCCGGGAACCCCUCCUCCCCGAUACGCGAUCUCGAUCAUCGUCCCAGAGCCCUCUGCGGCUGGCAAUGCCGUCCAUAUCCCCCGGCCAGCUCGCCUUCUCGGCACUGCAGUACCUGCCGGUCCCCACCCUUGUCCUGAACAACCUCAAGACCGUCGUGCUGGCCAACGAAGCCAUCGGCCGCAUGCUCGGCAUUGUCCAGAACAGCACCGACGAGGAGGAUGCGACCCUCACCUUGAACCGCCUCAGGGGUCAGACCCUGUCCCAGGUCGGCAUCGACAUGAUGCAGGACGGCCGUCCCGUAUGGGUCACGUGGGAGGCCUUCCUGGACCAAGUCGUGCGGGACAUGGGCGUUCGAGCACCCGUGGGAGGAGACAGCCGCCGAUCCGCCGCCGGCGACACGACCCCUUCGACCCCCGUCCUCGACGCCGGCGCACACCCGGAGCUCCCCAGACGCGGCUCCACCGUACGGAUGCCGCAGGAUACCGUGAUAGAAGUCGUAGUUUCCCGCAAGGGCAUCGGCAAGACCACCUUCGAUAGCCGGUACAGGUCCAAGGAGUCCGAGUACCAGGUCUUCGCCAAGAUGAUGAUCUCCGUCUGGGAGCUCGAGGACCGCCAGGCCUACUUCACCCUCACCUUUACCAACACGCAGUCGACACCUUCGUCGCUGGCCUCGGGCAGGAAGUACAUUGCCAGGCCUAGCAUCCUCGAGGCUGCCGAGAAGAAGACGAUAUCGACCCCGCCCCUCCCCCUCUCCGGCCCGCAGUCCGCUGCCUCCUCGAGCCGCGACGCCACAUCGCCCUCCUUCCUCAGCCCGGCCGCCACGACCAUGUCCAACAGCCCCUUCCCGCCGAUGGGCCCACCCUCUGUAUCCUCCAGGUCGGGCACGCCGUCGAUACUGCAAAAGAUGUUUCGCAUGAAGGACGCCCUGCUCGACAACACCCAGAUGCCCAUCCUGGCCAUGUGGAAGGAUGGGUCCGUCACCUACCCCAACAAGGCGGCCCGCCGCCUGUUUAGCCACAACGCCAACUUUGACUCGGCGUCGGACGGCUUCGACCUCCUCAAGUACUGGGAGCUGUGGAACGAGGACUUUACCGAGCGUCUCGACGUGAGCCAGUACCCCGUGUCCAUCCUGCUCAGGACCGAGUCGCCGUUCUCCGGCAUCCGCUGCGGCAUAUACAACUCCAAGGGCGAGAAGAUAGUCUUUGACGUGCUGGGCGAGGUGAUCCGCGACGAUGCCACGGGUGAGUUCCUCGCCGCCGUCGUCACCGGCCGCGACAUCACGUCCAUGACGAAGCGCAUCACCGAGAUCCAGGAGAGGGACGAGGAGCGCUUCCGCAUCAUCUGCGACACCAUGCCCCAGUUCGUCUGGACCGCCACCCCGGAUGGCCUGUACGACUUCUUCAACACCCAGUGGUACAGCUACACGGGGCUGAAGCCGGAGCACUGCCUCGGCCUGCGUUGGCAAGCCCCCUUCCACCCGGAUGAUAUGCCCGAGAGCAUGGCGCGGUGGAACCACUCCCUCGCGUCAGGUGAGCCCUACAUGGCCGAGUACCGCUGCGUCAGCAAAGAUGGCGAGUGGAGGUGGUUCCUCGCCCGGGCCUUGGCCGUGCGCAACAAGGAAUCCGGCGAAAUUGAGAAAUGGCUUGGUCAGUCGCGGCUCCCCCCUCGCGGUCCCCCUCACGCUCAUCUGCUUGCCCGUACUGACCAUCAUCGCGCAGGUACCUCGACCGAUGUUCAUGAGAGCAUGGAGGCCAAGAUCAAUGCCAAGCACACACGCAAGCAACUCCUCAGCGUCCUCGCUCACUCCCAGGUGACGAUAUUCACCGCGGAUGCAAACCGUCAGGUCACCAUGCUCGAAGGAGCGCUGAUCUGGGACAGCACGGGCGAAGAGCUGCCGGAAGACAGCAGGUGGUUCAUGGGCCAGAACGUAUACCACGUCUUCAACCGGCUCACCCAGAACAUGGCCGAUGGCGAGAAGCUCAAGUUUCUCCAGCCCAUCGAGGAUUGCCUGGACGGCAACAUCAUAGACGAGGUCGUCACCGAGGAGCACCCGUUCAACGAUCGGUGGUACCGUACGCGUUUCCUGCCGGUGAAUGGCAAGAGGCUGCGGGACGGCAAGGAGACGGGCGAGACGUAUGUAGAGGGCGUCAUCGGCGUCAUCAUGGAUGUGACCGAGCUGCGUAUCCAGAGGCAGGAGGCCGAGGUGCGUCUGAUGGAGAAGCGCAAGGCCCUAGCCAACGAGGCCGCCGCCAAAGAGGCGACCCGCCUCAAGAGCCAGUUCCUGGCCAACAUGUCGCACGAGAUCCGCACGCCGAUCACCGGCGUCCUCGGCAUGGCGGAGCUCCUGGGCGGCACGGCGCUGAACGAGGAGCAGACCGAGUGCGUCGACAACAUACAUAGCUCGGCCACGUCGCUCCUGACCGUCAUCAACGACAUCCUUGACUUCUCCAAGGUUGAGUCAGGUCGCCUCGACAUCGAGGAGGUGCACUUCUCGCUGUCGCUCAUCGUCAAAGAGGUUGUGCGGAUGCUCAAGUUUGCCGUCGAGAAGAAGAGCCUAGACUUCCAGUCGGACGUUGGCAGCGACAUAGCCGACAACAUGGUGGUCAUCGGCGACCCGGGUCGCGUGCGCCAGAUCAUCACCAACCUACUCACCAACAGCAUCAAGUUCACCAAUCAGGGCUACGUCCGGUUCUCGGUCUGCAAGGAGAAGGAGACGGCCGACUCGAUCGAGGUCAAGUUCAUCGUCGAGGACACGGGCAUCGGCAUCCAGGAGGAGGUGCGCCGGAAGCUCUUCCAGCCUUUCAGCCAGGGCGACGCGUCGACGGCCAGACGCUUCGGCGGUACCGGUCUCGGGCUGACCAUCUGCAAGAACCUGCUGGACCUGAUGCACGGGCGCAUCACGCUAGACUCGCACGUGGGCAGCGGGACCACGGCGACGUUCUGGAUACCGUUCAGCAAGGUACACGGCCGCCAGGAGCCUCAGCUGGUCCAGUCGGGCGCCAUACCGGACCGACUCCAGACGGAGCUGAGCGUGUCCUGCAACAGCUCAGAGGUGGACCUGGCAGCCAUCAACUCGCCGGCAUCGGAGGGCAUGAACGUGCCGUCACACUACCCGCGGCGCUCAUCGUACACGGCGACACCUCCAAGCUUUGAGCAGGACCUGCCUCGACCGGAGCGUGCCAAGAUUCACGUGCUGGUUGUGGAAGACAACGCCGUCAACCAGAAGAUUGCCACCAAGAUGAUCAAGAAGCUAGGCUUCCCGGUCAUGGCUGCGUGGAACGGCAAAGAAGCACUGGAAUACCUGAAGUCGUCGUCCGAGGGCAAGGUGCGGAAGCCGGACAUCAUCCUGAUGGACGUGCAGAUGCCGGUGAUAGACGGGUACAAGUGCACUCACCUGAUGCGGCACCACGUGCCGUACCGGGCCCUGGUGCGCAACGUGCCGAUCGUGGCCAUGACGGCGUCGGCCAUCCAGGGCGACCGAGAGAAGUGCACGCGUGCAGGCAUGGACGACUACCUCUCCAAGCCGGUGGCCAUGUCCAUGAUGGAGCGCAUGCUGGUGCGCUGGUGCCUGUCGGACCGUCGGAUACAGCCGCCGCUCGAGCCGUCGGAGUGCUCGGAGAAGAGCGAGGACUGCAAGAACGCCGACAUCCCGCACGUGGGGCUCGAGGACGCCGACGGCGCCCUGCUUGCCGGCAGCGACCCUGUCACGCCCAGGCCGCUGACGACGACGCAGCAGGACGUCGAGCUGUCGCCUUUUGACUCGCCCAGCGCGCCCGACCUGGCACCCCAGGUCAGGCGACCGGAGGGCGAGAAGGAGCUGUCCUCGCGCCUGCAGGAGACCAAGCUCAUCGACGCCGCCGGCGGGACUCCCUCUACCAUCCGGAAGGACGGGUUUCCGCAGCGUCCGGCUAGGGGGGAGGCACUGACGGAGGAGAAUGUGAAUAAGCUGAGGAGCUGA